AUGACAAACCUCCUACCAACCGCCAGCUGUACGACGAAAAACACGCGUUUCUUUUUUGUCAAUGGAAAUGAACCCGAAUCCCGCAAACAUGCCAUGCGAGAACACUGGAGGAAACGGAAGGAACGGAAGGCGGCUGCUAAGGAACAUGACAAGCCAUUUGGAUUACUCCGAUCUAUCCCCCAAAAAGACCGCAUGGUCUGCAGAAUGGAAGCUCAUAGACAUUCCGAUGAUCCAAUACUGAGUCAAGACCAUCCAUACAGUCGCGAAGCCACAUCGACCCCUACCCAUGGGUACCCAUCAAACAUGCAGCCCAAUCCAUGUGAAGACACAUUAGCGGCCGCGGUGGUCCAAAGCCCAUGCAACGCAUCACAGCCCCUGGAGGGCAUUGUCCAAGGCAGCGUUGACUCAAAGCCCCGCAUACAUGGUGUAUGUAAUCUCAGGGUCACAGAUGCUUCCUUCGACCCUGUGGUCCCUCAUGGCGCUAUUGAGGACCCAGUGUCUAUACGUGACACCAAGGGAAUGAACUAUUUUCAACCCAAAGACACAGGACUCUAUGGCGUCAAUGAUGUCUCUUGCGUUGUUGCUAGCAAAUUGUAA